AUGUGUGAGGAUUUGAACGUGGCGAGUUUCGGAUUCAAGUACCGCAGUAAAUCCGAUUUGCCGACCGUUUCGUUGGACCACACUGGUGCUGCUGCUGACGAUGUCCUCAAUGCCAACAACAACAACAACAACAACAACAACAACAACAAGUCCACUGGCCAAUGGGACUGGACAGGAUGCGAAACCACGAACGCGCCGGCGAAGGAGGCGAGUGGGAAAGACGACGGCGAGCAGCCGCGAGCUACAUCUUCGAAAACGAAGCUCUGCGGCGUCUGCAACGAAACUCCAGGGAAGUACAAGUGUCCGCGAUGCGGAUUGCCAUUCUGCUCUGUCGCUUGUAAUAAAACCCACCGUGAGAACCACCCGCCGGAUCCCGAACCCGAGUCGAAACCAUCUGACGCCGGUCCUUCCCCUCAACCUGUCGCCAUGACUGAAGGUCCGUCAUCUUCGCACCAGCCCGACAACCCCUUCAGCGUUCUCGAUGACUCGGAGCAGCUGCGUUACCUCUUCCGCCGAUACCCAAACCUCCCCCAACAAUUGCUAGCCAUCAGUGCCGCCACAGAGCCGCCAGCCGAGGCUCAACCGACCUCUCUUAAGGAGGCCAUUCUUGCCAAGGCGGCGGCCGCCGGAAAACCAAACCAGGCACAGUGGAACCACGAUGUCGGGAUUCGGAAAGGGAAGGAGGCAUUAAGGAGGGCCCGAAAGGCCGAGGGAGAUGCCGGCGAGGGCGUGAGGGAGUUCUCCGAACUCAUAAUCCAUCUCACAUCCCAGGGUGCGCGGAGCGAGGAGACCGGCUCUCUGUUGCGGAGUCGGGCGGCUCAACGAGAUGCAGACCUGAUCAAACGGUUGUUGGAAGAAGAAGGUCGUCGCUGA